GUACCCUGGUCGCUCGUCCCCACAGCGUGUGCGGACGCUUGAGGCCUUAAUUUGAACGUCCAUCUCACACUGCGGCGGUUCCUGGGUUUCUCAACGUCUUUGCUUCCCUCCAACGCUCGCUCCCAAUUAGAUAUGCGUCUUGCCUCCUGCCAAACGCUCCUCCAACGUCCAGCGAGUUUUCCUGCUCAUUGGCUGCCGCUAUGUCAAGACCACAGAUUGGAAUCGACCGCCUUCCAACCCGGCGUGUCACGAACGAGCCACGAGAAUCGAUGAACUGCAAAAGCUGCCGGAAACGAAAGAUCAAAUGCAAUCGUACCCGCCCAACGUGCGAGGCGUGCCAGGUAUUUGCCUGCCCGUGUAUCUAUGACGCUGUUCCCAAGAAGAGAGGGCCGAAGACCGAUGUGCUCGAGGCCUUGUUGAAGCGUGUCGAUGGCCUUGAGAAGCGCCUACACUCCGAGGGCAAGAGCGACUCUCUCCCCGACGCAGACCUCUCUUCAGCAAGCCAGGACACGGGCAGCGACACCAACAAGUCUGCUAACGAUGUCUCCAUGGCUCCCGCCCGACCUUUGAUCGAGAUAGCCCCGAAUCCGACGGUUUCGGCGAAUCAAUUGAUGUCGCCAAUCGAGCCAAGCCUGCAAUCACCAAACAUCAUACCGGACCUGCUACUGGACACCUACUUUGCGAGAAUUCAUGGCAAGCCGUAUUAUAUUUUGGAUGAAACCACCACAAGGCAGCGGAUGCAGACCAAUCAGCUGCCAGGAUACUUAGCCUACGCCAUCUACGCAGUGAGUGCGAGAUAUGCACCCCAUUUCGGCGGAUACAAUGCCGCCGUGCGUGUUGGCCAAGAAUAUGCAAGGCGUUCUCGGAUGGAGCUUGAUAUUGACGAGCCCUCUAUUGAAUCCCUGCAGGCUCUCCUCCUACUUUCCCAAGCGAGCUACCAAACGGGCAAGGGCAAGAAAACGUUCAUGCUGCUAACUUCCGCGAUCAGCAUGGUCUUUGCUCUCGAUCUCCAUCGCGAGCUUCCCAUGGCCUUGAAGGUGACCCCAAUGGAAAGAGAAGGACGACGAAGGCUGUUUUGGUCCUGCUAUCUUAUGGAUCGUUUCGCGGCCACUGGUUCGAAAAGGCCAUCAUUAAUCACGGAUGAAUCCAUUGUGCUUCGCUUACCUUCCUGGCAGCUACAUCCAGGUGCAAUGCUCCUCGAAGGCGAUUAUUUUCAAAAUGGUUCCAAUCUCCAAUACAUGGCAGGAUCGGGUAAAGCAGGCCAGGGCAGCAUGGGUAUGCUGAUCGGCAUCGCCAAGAUCCUGGGUAUAACAAACAGGUACCUCGCAGCCGGUGGGGUCAAGGGUGACUCCCAUUUUCCUUGGCACUCCCUCUCCAAUCUAUCCAAGAUCCGACAGGAACUCGACAUCUGGGCCUCGGAGACUCAGGAUACCUUCACCUCAAUAGAGGCUCUGUUCGGCCAGCCUGACAGCACGAUAUUGGUUUUGAGCAAGCUGGUAUAUCAUCUCAUACAUUGCCUCAUAUAUCGGCCAUUUUUACCGGUUGAUUUGGCCGAGCUGUCGGGAACAUCUCAGCACCAAUCCUGGCAAAUCGAGGCAACAAAUCUAUGUUUCCUCCAUGCGAAUGCGAUUGCGGAAUUGGUCGAAAUUGGCAGAGCAUCCUCCAUUAUUGACUGGCCCCCUUUUGUAGGGUACUGCGUUUGUACUGCCGGAACGAUACAUGUCCACGGCGCUCACUAUCGAGGACGCGAAGGUGACGUGUUUUCUGCGAGCCCGGAGUUCCUCUCCCGGGAAAUGCACCAGCUUUCCGAAUUGCGAUUCAUUUGGGCCAGUGUUCAGCAUCAACGCGAAACACUGCAAACCAUUUACGGAUGCCAUACGGAGUUGGUCAAGUCUCUCGCGACCAACCCAAUGCGUUUCUCUCCUGUCUUCCAAUUGGAAGACUUCUUUGAUCGAUAUCCAGGACAGAUCUUUGAUGGGGCUCAUGUAACAUUCCAGGACGUGCAGGUGGAAGCUGUCCAUGAGAGUCUGGCUACCUACAAUAUUGAGCAGCGCAACAAUAUGUACAUGAACCCCAGUAUGGUAGGAAUGAGCAGCUAUCAGGCACGCCCCAUCCAGACCACUCACCCCUAUGCGAAUGGCCAUCCAAACAAGAAACGAAGAUCCACAGCCUCGAGCGCACCAAAACCUCCAGCACCACUACCCACCCCUACUUCCGCAACCGCACCCAUUCACAGCAUCACUGAGAAGCCCCCGAACGAAGCAUCAUCCACGGCUACAACUGAGACGAAGCAGCACGACCUAAAUGUCCCACCAACCUCCCUUCCCCCUUUCACACCACCUCCCGCCCCGAGCAACUCUACGUUGCCAUUCUCUCCGAAUUUCUCCUUCUCUCCUCUCCCUCAAAUCCCUGGCCUGGAUCACGAGCCCACACGAGCAACCGGGAACCCGAAUCAAAACGCAAAUGCACACCAUGACUCAUCAGGCCCAUUCGAUCCAAUGCUAAGCAUGCCAACACCUUAUGAUCAACAACCAACCCCUGGCGCAGCCAGUACAUCGGGCACUUCCGUUCACACCGACCCGGAUAAAGAUCCAUUUCUGAGUUUGUUGGAGCAACUGGCAGAGAACGAGGUGUCAAGAGGUGGACCGAGUGAGCUAGACUUCUUCUUGAGUGGGCCAAGCGGCUGAAUGUAUUCUAGAAGAACUUAAAAAUAGCUUGCACUUGCACUCUUUCGGCGCGAAUGAGGUAUGCACAGCCUUGUCGAGGCCUGCCACGGCGCAAAGAAAUUAAUGAUCUUCAAAAAGGCGAGGCGCUGGAAUCUAGGAAUGGAACAAAGCCAGGACAUAGAAAACUACCUGGACUCGGGCGAUAGGAACGGGAAUCUCGUAAACGGCCUGGGGCGGAUAUCGUAGCAUUUUUUGGAAGGUAUGACAUGGCAUAUGGAACCUAUCUAGGGUAGUUAGGUGGUUGGGAGCAAUUAUUGGGUGGAAGGGC